CUGUCAUUCCAUAUAUCGUCCUCGAUAGGACAGAACGCAGAAGGACUCUCCCACUUUUCUCCGUGACGUCAGGGAAGGACAAAUGAUUUUAUCGCUAGGUCGUUCGGUCCCUGUGAGCCGCCGGUUGCAGUAGAGCGGAGGUGCCAUUUUAAGACACCGAGAGACCAGGUUUUGGACAUCAUGUAUCCGACCACACUAACGCAGUUGUCUCGGGCUAAUCCCUUCAACGCCCCACUCUUCUCCCUCCAAGAAAUCGAGGAGCCCAAACAGAGCCUCCCUGCAAAUGGACAGAGCCGCAACCUCGCUGCCGCAGCAAUCGCUGACUCUGCAGAUGUGAGCUGUGAGUUUGGCUCAACAAAGUAUUAUGCUCUGUGUGGCUUUGGGGGUAUCCUGAGCUGCGGCCUCACACACACAGCUGUUGUACCCCUCGACCUUGUCAAGUGCCGCAUCCAGGUGGACCCUGACAAGUACAAGAGCAUUGGCAAAGGCUUCUCCCUCACACUGAAGGAGGAUGGAGCCCGAGGGCUGGCUAAGGGCUGGGCCCCUACCUUCAUCGGCUACUCCAUGCAGGGUCUCUGCAAGUUUGGCUUCUAUGAGAUGUUCAAGAUCUUCUACAGCGACAUGCUUGGAGAGGAGAACACCUACCUGUGGAGGACAUCCCUGUACCUGGCUGCGUCUGCCAGUGCAGAGUUCUUUGCUGAUAUUGCCCUGGCCCCCAUGGAGGCGUGUAAAGUGCGUAUCCAGACCUGCCCAGGCUAUGCCAACAACCUCAGACAGUGUGCUCCCAAGAUGUUCGCAGAGGAGGGAGUAUGGGCGUUCUACAAGGGUGUGGUUCCCCUGUGGAUGAGGCAGAUCCCCUACACCAUGAUGAAGUUUGCCUGCUUUGAGAGGACCGUGGAGCUGCUCUACAAACAUGUGGUGCCCAAACCCCGCGCUGAGUGCACCAAGGGCGAACAGCUGAUCGUCACCUUCACUGCCGGCUACAUCGCUGGUGUGUUCUGUGCCAUCGUGUCCCACCCAGCGGACUCAGUGGUGUCUGUACUGAACAAGGAGAGUGGCAGCACUGCCGUCCAAGUGCUCAAGAAGCUCGGACCUAAAGGUGUGUGGAAGGGCCUGGUUGCCCGUAUCAUCAUGAUCGGUACCCUGACCGCCCUGCAGUGGUUCAUCUACGACUCCGUGAAGGUCUACUUCCGCCUGCCCCGUCCCCCUCCCCCUGAGAUGCCAGAGUCCCUCAAGAAGAAGCUGGGGCUCACUGAGUAAAAAAAAAAAAAUCAACAAAAGCCCACCUACACUCCAACCCCUUCACUACAUCUCUGGACCCCCUCUCAACUCACUUCACCACCCUGGCUGCAGCACACACCUCGGUUUUCUAUAUUUAUGUUCCUAAAGCAGCUCCUCCUCUCCAGGCCCAGGGCUGUUCCUUCCAUGUAUAUUUAAGAGAAAGAGAGACCGGAAGGGAGGGAUCCAUGUUAGUUCCCCCUCUGCACUGAGGUUUAGGAGAAUAUAUGUACUGUAGAAAAAUGGUCUGGUUUUGAGUCAUGUCAUUAUGUGGAAAUUAUAUAUAAUUAUUUAAAUAAAUGAUUCCCUCUAAAA